AUGGCCACUACCAUUGUUCCUGACAUGCCUCACGAUGGUCGUGUUCACAACCCACGCCAUCUUUCGAUUCCUAUUCAUGGAGGCAACUUAGGCCUCAAAGAUCCUCUGGACACGCCCGAGUUGUCCCCUCGCUCUCACGUUCCGCCACCAAACCCGCCCUUCGUUUUCCCGCCGAAGCCAAUGUCCGCUUCAGCGCCAUCAUCAUACUCCCGCGCCACCGGCAGGCGGCCGAGGUCUGCCGUCGAGCCAGGCCUGGCUGCAUUCGCCGCCAGCGUUGCCGACGACACACGAUCGCAGGGCUCAUCUGCCUUACCCGCAUUUUCGUUCAACCCUGGCGCGAGCCUCGCUCCAACCCAGGCUACGCUUCUACCCGCCCACGAGUUCCUGACGGCGCCGUCCCCUCAGCAGUCACCGCGUCCCUCUCCCGCUAGAGGGACUCACAGGCGUGGAGGAAGUGAGUUUGUUGGCGGCGAAUACCGAUCCGGAAACGCGAGAAUGGAAGUCUUAAGCUCGAGUCCAACAAAAUCAGAGAGUGGGAUGGCCUCGCCUCAACUCCGACCAGUCGAGCCAAACCGGCGAGGACCUGCUCAUCGUCACGCCCAUCGUCGGUCUGCGGCCAUGUCUAGUCAUGAUCUCAGCAGCAUAACCGGAUUGAAUCUUCCCAAGAGCUCGAGUGAAGCCUCUCGGGGAAGCAGCGCUCCAUCGAGCCCAUCUGGACCAGAGCUUAACAAACACUUUUCGUUCCCCAUCUUACGCCCUGACGAUAGCACAUUAAACGCAGAAGACACAGUUGGUGCCAACAGGCCACAAAGUGCAGGAGUGGACCCAACUCAAGUCUUCCCAAGACUAGCCGCCGCGCCGACUCAGAGAAAGUCGUUCAGCAGAGCCAGAGUAGGCUUUUCGGAUACGCUCGAGUUCAUACCGCGUCCACUUUCUCUAGUCUCCAGCGACACCUCAAGUACCGUAACAGUUCGGCCUGGCCAUUCCCUCUCAGGUAGCAUCUCUUCAGUUCUAUCUGCAUCGAACACGCCUAUUUUGGAGAAGGAUGAAACUCUGGCACCUCUCGAGGCUACGCCAUCACAAGCCGCCGAUUCCGAGUCCAGGCCGAGUACUGCCGGUGCGGUGCUCGAGAGCGCACCAACGUCUCCCCAAGAAGAAGGCGCGUCCCUUACUGGUCCGAAGAGACGAGGCUCGCUACCCCUACUUGCUGGAGUUGCCCUCCCCUCCCCCGACACCACUGGUUCUCCCGAUCCUAGUCCAACAAAAAUUCCAAAGAGAUGGUCGUUCUUCGGACUUGACCAGUUCUCUGGAUCCCAUUCACCGUCAAAAUCUCGGCCUGCCAGUCUGAACUCCUGCGAGGUCUCAAAGACAGAUCUGUCUUUCUCGGUACCUGGAAGUGAGGAAACGGUGACUACAGAAUGUGCGGUGCUAAGAACGGGCAAGAAGUCGGGCAAGAAACAGAAAAAGGUCAAGACUUGGGCAGGCUCUAUACUAACAAAGAGGCCGAAAGGUCGCCGAAGCAAGAGCAAAAAGGCCAGUCGCCGGGGUCCAACACCUCCCCCAAGCCGUCCAGGCUACGAGGAUGAGGAAGACACAGCGUCAGAUUCUGCGGACACCAAGAGCGAGCCAUCUAUGCCCACGGUAAUGAUAGAAGAGCUGGACCAGGACCAGGAAGGUGCUGAGGCCUGGAAGCCACCCAGACCUGUCACCGAGGAAGACACCUCUUACCCUGUGAUCGAUCUUGAUGCGGCGCUGGGGCCUUUUAACACUCCUUUGCCGCGCAAUCCGGAAUGGGAAGCCGCCCAGAAAGCUGGUGGGCUCGUGAAGCGGCAGCUUCACAGUGCUGCCGGGCUGAGUAGGUUCACUGGACCCGGAAUGCACUACGCUCACCACCAGCGAGCCCAAAGCUCUCCCGAGAUGCCUCCAUUCGAGUUCCGCCGCGGAAUCCACAGGUUCGGCAGCAGUUCCACAAUGGCGGAUGUCUUUGAGGAAGAGGAGGAAUAUUACGAGGACUCGGACAAUUCAGGCUCAUCAACCCCUCAACCCGAGUCAACUGGCCCCAAGGACAGCGAGAGCUCGAGUGUUAGUGGCUUCUUCUCAGCACGCAGCUCGGCGGAGAGACUGAGAGCAGAUGGACGAAGCUCUGACGUAUCACUUGGAGCGAAGCGAAAGGCCAGCGAUCCCGAUGAUGGCAAGUCUCAGCGCACAGCAAGCAUGAAGUCAAGAAACUCGUUGAGUUCUUUGCAAGAGCAGGUCAUCGAGGAAGAGCCCCCAGCUAUUCCAACGCAGUUCAGGACCGUGGAGUUUGGGCGCCCAGCGCAGAGGAUAGUUCCGGACUCGCCCAUGUCUUCGCCAGUCAGCCCGAGAGCGCCGAUGGACGGUAGCUCUUCUUCACACACGACUUCAUCCUCCCUGGCGCCAGUCAGUCCUUACUCGUCCGUCACUCAGUCAUCUUCCUUCCCAUCACCACGAUCGCCCGUUUCAUACGACGCGAACAUAAUCUCCACCGCACCAUCGUCAGUGACCGACGAUAGCUUCCAGUCACUGCUCAUGGGAGAGCCCGGCCCUGAAGUUCGAAAGUCCAUGGAUGUCCCCUCUCUUUCCAGCAGCCACUCCAACCAGCCAAGAGAAAACCUUUUCGCUCAACAAGCUGCCUACAUGAACCGCCCUCCAGCGCCUGGCGAGCGUCCAGCGUCUUUCAGUGCGAUGGCAUUCGGCGGCCGACGAGGCAGCCUGGCGAGCCUGGGGCGUCUUAUCAGCAGUUCUCACGGCGAGCGCAGCAAACUAGCAACGGAAGUCUUCACUGGCGAUUCCGAGAAAAAGCUCAAGGGCAGCAAAUCCAGGCGGUUCAGCAAGAUGAUGCAGUUUUGGAGGCCGAAAGAAAACGCACAGGCAUGA